UGCCCUGCCCUGCCCUGCCCUGACCUGACCUGACCUGCUUCUUUCUCUCUUGCAUAUGCAGGAGGUUCUGGAUAAAAGAUGCACCCUGACGUCUACUACCUCUCUCGAAAUAAGACAGGUCCUGUCCUCCCUACAUGUCGUGACCCGGAAGAACAUCAAGCGGGUCACGUAUGGCCUCUUAGAGCUCCCGUGGAGCACCUGUGGCGAGCUGCUCUGCGCCAUUGUCACCUCUCCGUGCUGCAGUAGAGAUGCAAUCCGGUCCCUGCUCUUGGCCAAGGUGAAGGAGGUCUCUUGGCCGCCUCCAGGAGGAGAGGAACAGUCCAGCCAUCCUCUUCCUGCAGCUACAGCCAGCGCGAUCAGUCUCAUUGGGAGGAUAGUCCGGUCCGAGGAGUGCCCCGUGGUGCUGGAGGCUUGGUUCCCUGAAGUUCUGCUCUGCCUGAUGGAUAUCAUCAUCAAAGGUGCCAGACCGCAGAAUCCAUCGACCCACGGAGGGGACCAUGGGCCUCUAGAGGAGACAGUUGACAUCAUCCAUGUGCUGCUGGCCAAGGUGGCACACUUGUUCCUGGAUGAGAAGCAAGCAGGCUUCAGUGAGGAGAACAGCUGCUGUGUUCAUUGGUCACCUGCUGCACCUGAAUGGCAGCCUCCUCACUGGCAGGACGCUUCCCAUCUACCUUUCUUAUGUGGACAGGUUGUUUGAGGACCAGGACCCUGCAGUCAGGCGAAUCGCCUCUCUUACGAAAGGUUUGGUGAAAAAAGCCUUCUUCCUCCAUGCUCCAGACGGAUGGUGGCUGCCCUCUGGCUCUUGGUGGCAGGCUGUAGGAACCAACGAAACCCCCCUGAGUAUGAAGGCCUUUCCACCUGAUG